CCGCCACUGAUUGGUCGUGGGAGCGGGGCGGUGGCGCCCGGAAGUGACGCGUUGCCGUUGCCGGGCGCUGCCGUCGGAGCGGAGGCGAGUGAGGCGGCGGCGACCGCGGGCCGGGCCCUGCCGCGGCCUGGCCACCCCCGCCCGCAGAUGGACCAGUCGUCUCCAACCUACAUGCUUGCCAACUUAACCCACUUGCAUUCUGAACAGCUUCUGCAAGGCUUGAACCUCCUUCGCCAACAUCACGAGCUCUGUGACAUUAUCCUCAGAGUUGGCGAUGUCAAGAUCCAUGCCCACAAGGUGGUGCUUGCCAGCAUCAGUCCAUACUUCAAAGCCAUGUUCACUGGGAACCUUUCAGAGAAGGAGAACUCGGAGGUGGAGUUCCAGUGCAUCGACGAGGCGGCCCUGCAGGCCAUCGUGGAGUAUGCCUACACAGGAACGGUGUUCAUCUCACAGGACACUGUAGAGUCGCUUCUUCCGGCUGCAAAUCUUCUCCAGAUCAAACUGGUAGUAAAGGAGUGUUGUGCGUUUCUUGAAAGCCAGCUUGACCCUGGCAAUUGCAUCGGGAUUUCUCGUUUUGCAGAGACCUAUGGCUGCCAUGACCUCUACUUGGCUGCUAACAAGUACAUUUGUCAAAACUUUGAAGAUGUUUGUCAGACAGAAGAAUUUUUUGAGCUUACCCAUUCUGAAUUGGAUGAAAUUGUUUCCAAUGACUGCUUGAAUGUUGUGACAGAAGAAACCGUCUUCUAUGCACUAGAGUCCUGGAUCAAGUACGACGUGCAGGAGCGACAGAAGUACUUAGCACAGCUGCUGCAUUGCGUUCGGUUGCCGCUGCUGAGCGUUAAGUUUCUUACGAGGUUAUAUGAAGCAAACCAUCUCAUUCGUGAUGACCAUACUUGUAAACAUCUGCUAAAUGAGGCCCUAAAAUACCACUUUAUGCCUGAACACAGACUUUCCCACCAGACCAUGCUGAUGACACGACCUCGCUGUGCUCCUAAGGUCCUCUGUGCGGUAGGAGGAAAAGCUGGACUGUUUGCCUGUUUGGAAAGUGUUGAAAUGUAUUUUCCACAGAAUGACUCCUGGAUAGGCCUGGCACCCCUUAGCAUUCCCCGGUAUGAAUUUGGAAUAUGUGUCCUAGACCAGAAAAUAUAUGUUGUAGGAGGGAUUGCAACCCACGUGUGUCAAGGCAUCAGUUACCGAAAGCAUGAGAAUUCAGUGGAGUGCUGGGACCCCGACACGAACACUUGGACAUCUCUUGAAAGGAUGUUUGAGAGCCGGAGUACUCUGGGAGUGGUAGUUCUGGCAGGAGAGCUCUACGCCUUAGGUGGCUAUGAUGGGCAGUCUUAUUUACGAACUGUAGAGAAAUACAUUCCCAAAGUGAAGGAAUGGCAGCUAGUGGCCCCGAUGAACAAAACCAGAAGUUGUUUUGCUGCAGCUGUCUUGGAUGGAAUGAUAUAUGCCAUUGGUGGUUAUGGUCCUGCCCAUAUGAACAGCAUGGAGCGUUAUGAUCCAAGUAAAAACUCGUGGGAGACAGUCGCUUCGAUGGCUGAUAAGCGAAUAAACUUUGGUGUUGGCGUCAUGCUGGGCUUCAUUUUUGUAGUAGGUGGACACAAUGGUGUGUCUCACUUAUCGAGCAUUGAGAGAUACGAUCCUCAUCAAAAUCAGUGGACUGUGUGUCGACCCAUGAAGGAACCCAGAACAGGAGUUGGUGCAGCUGUAAUCGAUAACUACCUUUAUGUCGUCGGUGGUCAUUCGGGGUCAUCCUACCUGAACACUGUACAGAAGUACGAUCCCAUCUCGGAUACCUGGCUGGACUCUGCUGGGAUGAUGUACUGUCGAUGCAAUUUUGGUUUGACUGCACUUUGAUGAAGAGCGGGACUUUAUGGACCUGAUGCGAAGAUGGAAUUUAAUUUGCUUGGAAAUAAACCCUGCUAGCAGAGACCAUAAGCUGCGUUUUCUGAAGCUGGGAAGCUGAAGGAAUGUGGUGAAGUUGGGAUCGAAAUGAGGAAGGAUUUGUUUUCUUCCGAUAAUUGGCCUUUGUUGCUUUACUGACACGGGCAGAAGGCACGGAAAGCUUAUUACCAGCUAGGUUUAGAUAGCAUCCUGUUAAUGGCAGUGGAUUUUAGAGAGUACUGUAAAUGCCUGGGCUAUGGUUAGAAAACUUACUGUAUAUCUAACCCUUUCACCUUCUAGAGCUUUUCUCUCUUCCUCCUGCCUACUCUGAAACAUGAAGUUUACUGUGCUUGGGGUGAGAGAUGUGUGACUGUGGUGUGUGACUGGACAGUUGCUGAUAGUUGUCUGGUUGUGUCUUCAUAUUAAGAAAAUGCCAGUGCUUCAUAACGUUUUUUAUGAACAGUAACUAAAGGGCUGCCUUGUUCCUGUAUCUCAAGGUUUGUAAAUAACAAAUGCCAUAGUAUGUUGCCUGUACACUCUCCUUCGUUACCUGCUUAUUGGUAGGAGGGCUGGGAUGGUAAUUAGUAACUACUUACAGAAAUUUACAAGGCAAAUUUAUUGCCUCUUAACGAAAUUUUUGGAUCUGCUGAAGAGAAAUCACAGUUUUCACUUUCCCUUAUGUAUUCUUUUUGUGGAUAAACGAGUGCUAGAUUAAAUGACUUAAUCUUGCUAGUCUGCUCUGUGUUUUCAAAUGUAAUGCAAGGAAAAAUUACAACAGUAACGCAUCAGAAGAUGCCACAGCAGCAUUCAUAGCGUGGUAUAAAAUAAAUACUCAGAAAUGAAUCCGUCCCAUCCUUCUCCCAAGCGCACUUCUGUCCAUAUUCCGUAUAACUUCCUUUUCUAAAAGAAUGUAUGAUUGCUUUCUCAGAGUGUUCAGAUAUAAAAAUGGUGCUAAAUGUAGGACUUAACGAUAAGGCUGUUACCGAUUUUAGUGCAGUAUGCAUAAAGCAUGAUUGUUUUGAUUGUUCUAGUAUUUUUGUUCCUUAUUUGCUUGAUGCAUUCGUGCCUAUGAAAACUGUCAAGAAUAACACAAUGUACUGAAUGAGCUCUAUGUUUGUUACAUUAUUAUUUUAUUUUUCAGAAGAUCUACAUUUAUUGUUCCUUUUCUCACAAAUACAUAAAUAGGGAGCGAAUAGUGAGAUCCCGUCUUGGGUUUUUCAGACAGUGUUGCCUUUAACAUGAGCUGCAAUGAAUGGAGGGCACAGGGCAAAGCGUGUGUCCUGGGGAGCGGAGUGCUGAAGGUCGGUGCCUCUGAGUAACCAGAAUCUCAAGAGAUAGAACUUUGUGAUGGCCCUAAACUUAGUGAAAAUUUGGGCAGGUAAAUAGAAAGUGAUGCUGUGGGUUAUAAACAUUAUUUAAAAUAGACGACUGAAUAAAUACGAAUUUUAGCUAAUUUAGAAUGUUUUGGUUUGUUUUCUGAUUUUUAACUAGGAAUCAUGGUUAUCUUGAAUUUUCUGUUUUGGUGUCUGUACGUGUAUUGCCAGGCCUGGUACUGAAGAAUUUUUUUGCCUCCAGAGUUGUUUUCCCCUUGUUUUAACAUGUUAAAUUAAUGUUUGUUUCCCCUUGGUUUUCAAGUCCAUAUAGUAUUAUUUUUGAAGGUGCAAUAAUAUUUGAAAUAGUUGCUUUAAAAGCCAUUUCUUUAUAAGUAUGCGAAGAGGAGGUUUUUGAGUGUACUUGAUUUAUUCUGAGUUCCUGCAACGCUAAUUGCAGCCAGGCAAACAGUGGUGUUCCUUGUUCUUCCGUGCGCUAAUAUUCAGAUUUUAAACAGUCAAGGAGACGAGGGUGUUUUCACCAUAAAAUAUUAUUCACAGAUAACAGGUGUUUGCACAGAUUAUAAAAUCCUGCACGUAUUCUUCAAAUUUGGUAGAAUUAAGCAGGACUUUAAAAGCAAAUAAAAGUAACAAUGUCAGCGUUUUCAAUGCAGUUUAUUUGACCCACUAAGCAUUCUAGUUAUAUAGCAAUAAUAGCGUAAUUGAAUUAUUCCAGUGAAUCUGUUGAUAGGACACAAGUAGCUCCAUGGUUGUCUGUUGCGUGUUUGUGUGUGGGGAGGAGGAAGGGGAGCAGUCUGGGGGCUAAGAGGGAUGUUUCAGCCUGUUCCCUGGAUCUCCUCCUGCCGUUCUGGGAAACGCACACACUGAAUAUUUCCAUGUGCUGUUUGACCUUUCGGUCUCUUUCACAGAGAUGCCAUUGAGCGUUAUAUUUUCCAAUAUACACCUGAGAUCAAGACACUUAAACUAAUAUUAAAAAAGCAAAAAUUGCUUGUUUUAAAGAGGAGUUCAGGCCUGUUAUUGAUACAAGGCUUUCCCCGCAGUUCGGUAUGUACCGUACCUUCUAGAGUUUAACUACGAUAGGAGUUCAUGAAUGAAGGUGCUCGCAUACAUGUUCUGACUGGAGCUAUUAGUAAACGCUCUUUUCAGUUAGCACAAAGUGUUGCGAGGUGUAGAAAUCAUUUUGAUGAUUCAUCGGAACAAAAAAUCUCUAGGUCAGGGUUAUUCAGUGUUUAUAUAAACAUCUUUCAUUUAUGCAAGUCAAAGCACUUAGAGUUGCAAAAUGUUUUAUUCUCUUUACUUCGGCAGUGGCAAUGUUAAAUUAGGUGAUAGAGAUUGACCCCAUACUUUGUAAUGUGGCAUUGCUAAAUUUCAGAUAGCAGCAUAAACAGUUUUUUAUUAUGUAGGAAUGGUAUGACGAAUGAUGAAAAUACCUGAUGAAAUAUAAUGCUGUUACUUGAUGAAGGGUUUAGCUAGAUGUGGAUCAAAGAGUGUAUCAACCUAGGGAUCACGUCACUAAAAAUCAUGCCAUCUUCAGUUUCUGUUCUGGGUGCUUGUUGUCCUGUUCACUGAAGUGCUUGGUUCUAGGAAGAUCAGACUCAACAAUCAGUUUAAAUCUGCAUUUAAAGAACAGUACUGUCAUUAUAAUGUCUGUCUUGCAGUUUAAAAAUUAAGGACCUUCAAAUAAGAUGUCAUACAACUAUAAAUUAUCAUCCAGUUCUAUUUCUUAAUCACUCAAAAUUAUCUGUAAAGCACUUUAAAAUGGGUAUGAGUUUAUAUGUGUACAUACAGUUCCUGAAUUUCUGAUUGUUUUUAAUUAAGAUAUUCAUCUGUAAGCUGCUUGACAGCCUCUCCUACUAGGAAUGCUUUUCUUUCAGAAAAUCUAGUUGGAAUUUCUAGAGGGGCAAACGUGUCCAGUGCACAUUAAACAGCUAACUUUUUGUGGGAGAUAGCGUGUUACUUUUGUGAAUUUGCCAUCUGUAAGUCCCCAUUCACUAUAUGAAACAAUGCAAAAUGUCCAAGCUUGCCUUAAAUUCUUGAUAUUUAACUGAAACGCAAAGAACUGGAUGAUAAUUCCUAUUUUUUUGCCUUAUGCGCUGUGCUGUAUUUUAAACCCAAGGUUAACUAUACUUUUUAGCAGGAUUUAAUAAUUGUACAGAGAAUACCAAAUUGUACUCGGACUUGACCGGAGUGCUUUGGUUGGGAGUAUAAAAUGAUAUAUGUAGUUUUGUGUAUGUAGAGCGUUUUUAUGUGUACAUCUUUUUUAGCAGCACUGUUCUGGUUUUGUUAUUGUUUACAAAAGUGGCAUUUGUGUUCGACAGGAAAAUAACUGUAACCUGCAUUCUCGGUCUUUACUAGUGUUCUCAGCGUGUUUGCUCUUGUGAUAAUGCUCUGUAAGUAUUGUUGUAACUAUUUCAUCGAAUGUGAAACAAUUUAGUAAAUAAACCUGGGGAAAAACUUUA